AUGUUUAAAAUAAAAUAUAUAUUUUUUUAUGUUUUUAUUAUAAAUUUUAUAUAUCAAAAUAUUUUUAUUAAUGCUAUCCUAUGCCCACCACUCUGGACAUAUUUUGAUGAUAAUUGUUGGCUUUUGAGUAAAAAUUUAUUAAGUUAUAAACAAGCUAAAAGAGAGUGUGAGGAACGAUAUCAUGGUAUAUUAACUAAAGUUGAUAGUGUUGAUCAGGAAAAUUUUAUUUAUUAUAUGAUUGAAAAUAAUAUAAUAGAUGAGGAAAAUUUUAUAAAAUUUAAUGAUGAUAAUAAUGAAAAACUUUCAAAAAAAUGUUUUAAAAGGGUGAUUGGAAAAGAUUCAGAAAUAUCUUUUUCUUCUAAAUAUAAUUCAAUUAUUGCAUUUAGUGAAGUGUUAAAUUUAAAAACAUGUUUAAAACAAUGUGAAAAAGUGAGAGAAAAUCUUAAUUUUAAUUGUUUAUCUGUACUUUGGUACCCUGAGACACGUGAUUGUUUACUUAAUUCUGAAAAAGAGACUGGCUCUGAGAAAUCUAAUUUUUCAAUAGUUGGAAUUCCUAAUAAUAUUAUUUACUAUGAAUAUACAUGUUCUGAUUUUAUAGAUUUUUCUUUAUUAGAUGAUAAUAUAAAUAUUAACAAUUUUAAGUCAACAAAUUUUGAAAAAAAUUUUCUAGAAAUAUCAAAUGUAAGGACGUGUUUUGGUAAACAUCGCCAUUCCUCUUUAAAAGGUUUUGCUGAUAAAGUUAUAUCAUCUAUAAGUGAAAGAGAAUGUUUAAGUGAGUGUUGGAGAUGUACAAAUUGUUUAACUAAUUCAUCAUCAUGUAAAUCAGUUACUUAUUAUAAAGAAUCUGGUGAAUGUAUAAUGGCUUCAGCAUCCAUAAAAUCAAAUAAAGAAAAAUUUAAUAAUAUUGAAGAGUUAAGUGACUUUUUUGAUAGAAAAAGAGAAUGUAAUAUUGAAGAUUGUGAAAAUAAAGAAAUAUUAAUUUCAUUUAUCUUAGAUGGUAGUGAAAGUAUUGGAAUUGAUGUAUUUAAUAAAAGUUUAAAUGUUGUUAAUGAAAUAUUAGAACAAAUAAAUGAAAUAAGUAUUUUUUGGAAUGUUAUGAUAUUUCAAUUUGGUAGUGAACAUUAUACAGAACUUAAAUCAAAACAAUUUGACAAAUUACAAGAUUUUCGAAAUUUUUUAAGUCAAAUUGGAUGGAGAAGAGAACCAUACUCUAACUUAGUUAAAAGUUUAGAAUUAACUAUGUCAACAAUAGGUGAUGAAAUUUCAAAAAAACAGUAUGAUGAAGUAAUUACAUUCAUUAUUACGGAUGGAUAUACAAAUGUUUCUGCAAUUGAAGAAAUUCCAAGAUUUUUAAUUGAUUUUCCAUCUGCAUACACUUAUUCAAUAUCCUUAACAGACACAUUUGAUUCAAAUGUACUUUCAAAAGUAGUAAUUGAUGAAAAUAAAAUAUUUUCUAGAAAAAAUUACACUCAACUUUUAUCUAUAUUACAGGAAAAAUUAUGUACUUUUAAUAUACAAGAUGUUAGUAAAUUAAGCAUACAAAAGAAUGAAACACAAUUUGAUUUUAAAAUGUCAUCAUUAAAUGAAGAUCCAGAACCAGAUAUAUUAAAUGAAAUUUGGGUUGGUUUGGGAAGAAAUGAAUAUGGUGAAAUGAAAUGGUCUGACAAUACAAGUCCUAAUAGUUAUUUUAAAAAAAUUUUACAUAAACUUGAAGUUGAAGGAUAUAAUGGAAAUUGUAUAUAUUUUCAAAAAAAUCAAAAAUGGAUGAUAACUGAUGAUUGUGAUAUUAAACGUAGAUAUAUUUGUAGAUUUAAACCAUCAUUAACAAUAGAGGAAAAAUUUAAGAGAGAUUAUAGUAUGAGAACAGAUAUUUCUACACCAAAAUCUGUUUGGACAUUACAAAAUGAAUUUGAAAAAAAUAAAGACACUACAAAAGAUAAUAAUAUAAAUUUUGAAGACUUAUCUUUAAAAAAUAAUAUUGAUUCAGUAAAAGACCCAUUUUAG